ACGAGUGCCUGCAUCAUGAGUAUCUCUGCUCUGAGCCCCAGAUUUGCUGGCAGCAUCUCUGGCUUCCUACAAGUGGCCUCUGUGCUUGGCUUGCUUCUGCUGCUGCUCAAAGUGGUCCAGCUCUACCUGCACAGGCAAUGGCUACUCAAGGCUUUCCAGCAGUUCCCAUCCCCACCCUUUCACUGGUUCUUUGGACACAAGCAGCAGUUCCAAAGUGCCCAGGAGAUAGAGCAGAUUAUGAAGUGUGUAGAGAACUUCCCAAGUGCCUUUCCUCGCUGGUUCUGGGGGAGCAAAGCUUACUUUACUGUCUAUGACCCUGACUACAUGAAGGUGAUUCUGGGACGAUCGGAUCCAAAAGCUAAUGGUGCCUAUAGAUUGCUGGCUCCUUGGAUUGGCUAUGGUUUGCUCUUGCUGAAUGGACAGCCAUGGUUCCAGCACCGGAGGAUGCUAACCCCAGCCUUCCACUAUGACAUUCUGAAGCCCUAUGUAAAAACCAUGGCCGACUCUGUCCAUCUGAUGCUGGACAAAUGGGAAAAGCUGACUAGUCAGGACUCCUCUAUAGAGAUCUUUCAGCACAUCUCCCUGAUGACCCUAGACACUGUCAUGAAAUGUGCCUUCAACCACAAGGGUAGCGUCCAGGUGGAUGGAAAUUACAACACCUACAUCCAGGCCAUUGGAGACCUGAACAACCUAUUCUAUUCCCGUGUGAGGAACAUCUUUCAUCAGAAUGACACCAUGUACAAUCUGUCUUCCAAUGGCCGCAUGGCCAACCGUGCCUGUCAACUCGCCCAUGAUCACACAGAUGGAGUGAUCAAGCUGAGAAAGGAUCAGCUGCAGAACGAAGGAGAGCUGGAGAAGGUCAAGAAGAAGAGACGUUUGGAUUUUCUGGACAUCCUCUUGUUUGCCAGGAUGGAGAAUGGGGAUAGCUUGUCUGACAAGGACAUACGUGCUGAGGUGGACACAUUCAUGUUCGAGGGCCAUGACACCACAGCCAGUGGAGUCUCCUGGAUCUUCUAUGCUCUGGCCACUCACCCUGAACACCAGAAGAGAUGCAGGGAGGAAGUUCAGAGCCUCCUGGGAGAUGGGUCCUCCAUUACCUGGGAUCACCUGGACCAAAUGCCCUAUACCACCAUGUGCAUCAAGGAGGCCCUGAGGCUAUACCCACCUGUCCCAGGCAUUGUCAGAGAGCUCAGCACACCUGUCACCUUCCCUGAUGGGCGCUCGCUACCCAAAGGUAUCUCAGUCACACUCUCCAUUUAUGCACUCCACCACAACCCGAAGGUGUGGCCAAACCCAGAGGAGUUUGACCCUUCCAGGUUUGCAGCAGAUUCUCCCCGACACAGCCACUCAUUCCUGCCCUUCUCUGGUGGAGCAAGAAACUGCAUUGGGAAACAGUUUGCUAUGAAUGAGCUGAAGGUGGUAGUGGCCUUGACCCUGCUCCGCUUUGAGCUCCUGCCUGAUCCCACCAGGGUCCCCAUCCCCAUUCUACGACUUGUGUUGAAAUCCAAGAAUGGGAUCCACCUGCAUCUCAAGAAGAUCCACUGAUUCAGCUCUGGAUCUCAGAAGUUUGAAAUGGGAUCCAAUGGCAGAAAACCAAGUUGUUGGUGUAGCAAACCUUCAUCUGCAGAGUUCACUGGAGAGUCCUCAUCCUCCCCUUUUCAGUAUAAACCACUAAAAAAAACCAAUAUAAUUCUCCCACAUCAAUAGCUCUUACUCAAUCCAAUCUACUAUGCCAUUUUUCAUUAUGAGGAAACAGUCAUGGGUUCCAAGAUUUAGGGCUUGAACAUCAUUGUGAAGCCUGGCAUUGCCUUUUUACAUGACUGUCACCUGAUCUGUUUGUCUACAUCUCUCCUGCACAGUCUCUCUUUACCUGACUGUCCUUCACACAAAUUUCUCCAUCUUCCCUGCUCUUAACAAUAAAAUUGCAAGUGUU